AGCCUUCCAAAUCUGAAAGUAUGCAGGCAAAGACUUUACGAUGCUGGCUUGACUUCCAUCAACAUAUGGCAUUACACCAAAACUAUAUUUUAUUUUGGAAAAUCAAAAUCAAAGAAAACGCCUGUUCCUUCUCGUAACUCGUAGCUUCCUCUGAAUUCCUAACACCGCAAAAUCCCUCCUCGAUUUCGGCUCUCUUCUUCUAAUCAGCACCAGUCUUGUACAAGUCAACAGAAAUGGAACAGCACAACGACAUCCACCAAACAGAUGACGUCUUCUCGCCUUUCAGCAACAGUAGUCAACAGUCCACUUCUCCUCCCCCGCGAUCACCCCGCUUCUUCGACCGCUACUCCUACUCCUCGUCUGAGGACGACGACGACGACGAAUGUCAGCCUUCCAAUCACUCCAUCGAGGCCACCAACAAGCGGCUCGAUUACAUGAUUCAAUUUCUAGACCGCAAACUCAGCAGUAGCAGCAAUUUCACUGAUAAAGGCGACAGCGGUGGAGGCGCCAACCGCUCUUUCCAAGCCGCCAACAGGACCGGUCCUUCCGGCUCGCUCCCAGAGUUCGUCGGCAAAGGCGGAGGAGCCGGGAUCUUCAAGGUGCCAGUUCGAGCGGCCGUCCACCCCAAUCGGCCCCCCAGCCUGGAGGUGAGGCCGCAUCCCCUAAGGGAGACUCAGGUAGGGCGUUUCUUAAGGACGAUGGCGACCACCGAGGGUCAAUUGUGGGCUGGGAGCGAAAUUGGAGGGUUUAGGGUUUGGGACUUCAAGGACUUGUAUGUAGGCGGAUCAGAAGUGGAUGGUUCGGCACCGUAUAGGGAGUCCGUGGCAGUGGGAUCGCCAGUUAUAUGCGUAGUGGGAGAUGAAGGGAGCGGAGUGGUUUGGAGUGGGCACAAGGAUGGAAGGAUCAGAUGCUGGAAAUUGAAAAUGGAUCACCGGCAGUUAGGUCUCGAAACGUUCAGUGAGUCACUCUCGUGGCAGGCCCAUCGCGGGCCGGUUCUCUCCAUUGCCAUCUCAUUUUAUGGAGAUCUCUGGUCAGGCUCGGAGGGUGGUAGUAUCAAAAUAUGGCCAUGGGAAGCAAUUGAGAAAUCAUUCUCUUUCACAAUGGAGGAAAGGCACAUGGCUGCUUUAGUAGUGGAGAGAUCAUAUAUUGACCUUAGGAGUCAGCUUUCCUUAAACGGCUUUAGCAAUAUAUUAGCUUCAGAUAUUAAGUUCUUGCUAUCUGAUCAUUCUAGAGCAAAAAUGUGGAGUGCUGGUUAUGUAUCAUUUGCAUUGUGGGAGGCUCGUACGCGGGAGUUGCUCAAAGUUUUCAAUAUAGAUGGUCAGGUUGAGAAUAGAGUGGAUAUGUCAUUAGCAACAGAUUUUUCAAUUGAUGAUGAGAUGAAGAUGAAGGUUGUUACAAGUUCCAAGAAAGAGAGAACACAGACUUCCUUUGGUUUCUUUCAGCGCUCACGUAAUGCUAUCAUGGGAGCAGCUGAUGCUGUUCGUCGAGUUGCAGCAAAAGGGGGACUUGGUGAUGAUAAUCGGAGAACUGAGGCACUAGUGGUAACAAUUGAUGGAAUGAUCUGGGCUGGUUGUGCAAAUGGUUUACUUGUACAGUGGGAUGGAAAUGGCAAUCGUUUACAAGAUUUUCAGUACCAGCCUGCUGGUAUUCUAUGCUUAUGUACAUGCGGGACCCGAAUAUGGGUGGGUUAUGUCAAUGGUAAUGUCCAUGUACUGGAUCUUGAGGGUAAUCUGCUUGGACAAUGGGUGGCUCACAGCAGUCCAGUAAUAAAAAUGGUUUUUGGGGCUGGUUAUAUUUUCUCCCUUGCAAAUCAUGGUGGCAUACGGGGAUGGUGUAUCACAUCUCUUGGACCCCUUGAUAGUGUAUUACGCUCAGAGUUAGCUGGCAAAGAAUUUCUGUAUACAAGAAUAGAGAAUUUGAAAAUUCUGACAGGUACAUGGAAUGUUGGUCAAGGGCGAGCGUCUUCUGACUCGCUUAUAUUAUGGUUAGGUUCUGCUGCCUCAGAAGUUGGAAUUGUUGUUGUUGGUUUGCAAGAAGUUGAGAUGGGUGCUGGUUUCCUUGCAGUAUCUGCAGCAAAAGAAACUGUAGGACUUGAGGGGAGUUCAGUUGGGCAGUGGUGGCUGGAUAUGGUAGGAAAAACAUUGGAUGAGGGGUCAUCAUUUCAGCGCGUGGGUUCUAGGCAGUUGGCUGGCUUGCUCAUUGCCGUCUGGGUUAGAGAUAAUCUUAAACCUCAUGUGGGGGAUGUUGAUGCUGCAGCAGUUCCAUGUGGCUUUGGGCGAGCAAUUGGUAAUAAGGGUGCUGUUGGUUUGAGAAUUAGAGUUUAUGAUCGAAUAAUAUGCUUUGUUAACUGUCAUUUUGCUGCGCAUUUGGAGGCUGUGAAUCGUCGCAAUGCUGAUUUUGACCACGUCUAUCGAAUUAUGACCUUCUCUCGGCCAUCUAAUUUCUUCAAUACAGCAGCAGCUGUGGCUUCAUCUGCUGUUCAAAUGCUUCGCAAUACAAAUGCUGUAGGCAUCCAGUCCAUGGAAGGAAUGCCUGAUUUGGCUGAGGCAGACAUGGUCGUUUUUCUUGGAGAUUUUAAUUACAGGCUUGAUGGUAUAUCUUAUGAUGAGGCAAGGGAUUUCAUUUCUCAAAGGUGCUUUGAUUGGCUUAGAGAAAGAGACCAACUCCGAGCUGAAAUGGGCGCUGGUAAUGUCUUCCAAGGGAUGCGUGAAGGAGUUAUUAGGUUUCCUCCUACAUACAAGUUUGAAAAGCACCAGGCUGGUUUAGCAGGAUAUGAUUCUGGGGAGAAGAAGCGAAUUCCUGCCUGGUGCGACAGAAUUUUAUAUCGUGAUAGCAGAUCAACUUUGGGAUCUGACUGCAGCCUAGAGUGUCCCGUUGUGUCUGCUAUAUUACAGUAUGAAGCUUGCAUGGAUGUGACAGACAGUGAUCACAAGCCUGUCCGUGUAUAUUGUGUUGAAAUUGCUCGAGUUGAUGAGUCAGUUAGGAGACAGGAAUUUGGAGAUAUAAUGAGAUCAAAUCAGAAAAUUAAAUGCAUGCUUGAAGAUCUAUGCAAGAUUCCAGAAACAAUAGUUAGUACAAAUAAUAUACUCCUUCAAAACCAGGAUACGGCCAUUUUACGUAUCACUAAUAAAUGUGAGAAAAGCAUUGCUUUGUUUGAAAUAAUUUGUGAAGGUCAGUCUACUAUCAAGGAGGAUGGACAAGCAUCGGAUCGUUGUCCUCGAGGUUCCUUUGGCUUUCCUCGAUGGUUUCAGGUCACUCCAGCAUCUGGCAUGAUCAAACCAGAUCAGAUAGCAGAGGUGUCAGUACAUCUAGAAGAUUCUCCCACCCUGGAAGAAUUUGUUGAUGGUAUCCCUCAAAACUCGUGGUGUGAGGUCACUAAAGACAAGGAAAUUAUAUUGGUGGUUAAGGCUCGUGGCAGUUACUCUACUGAGCCAAAAAAUCACCGGAUUCGUGUUCGCCACUGCCUCUCUGUUAAGUCUACUACUGUAGACCAUAAACCUAAUGGUUCCAAGCAAACCCAGCCAAAUCUGCUUCACCGUUCUGAUUACCAGCGUUUUAGCAGUUCUUAUGAUGUGGUUGACCACUUAAAAGAUUUGCAUAGCCCAUGAAGUGCUAAGGAUGUUCUGUGAAGUUGUAUGCUCUUAUCGUUGAAGACAUGAUGGAUAAAUGUUCUGUUGCUUUACUAUAGGGAUUCUCCAAUUCAAUUAUUUAGAACAAAAAGAAAAAAAUUGGGGAAACUCACAAAUGAAGUGUCCCAUAUAAAAUUGGGAGCACGCUUGCCUUUCUAUUCGUACAAGCUCAAUUUUGUCAAUAUGCUCGCCGCAAGUUUAUGGAUCUUAACAUCUGGGCAUUCCCCAGUUUGCCCAGUUAGUACGUGUGCAGCUUGUGGAGUUUCACGGUCUCAAAUUUGUUGUCUGAAAUGUACAGUAAGAGCAAGUUAAACAUUUACAGCUAGAAGUGUGAAUAUUUUUUUUAUUUGUUGUCAUAUGGGAUGCAUUCUAUCAAGUAAAGCAUUUAUUCGUGUUUUUAAUCAUUUUACGAGAAGUAUACGGUUGCAAGC